AUGGCGUUGGUUGCUUACGAUGAUAGUGACAGCGGGGAAGAGGCUACAGACGAUCGUAAUCUUAAUCCUUCUAUGUCCAAAUCGCAAUCGGGGCCUCUCAAGGGGCUCCUUGCCAGUCUUCCACGACCGAAGGAUGAUUGCACUAAAAGAAUGAAAAAGCCUGUGAAGAUAGCUAUGCCUACAGCACCGGAGCCAGACUCUGAUGAAGACAGUGAAACGCCCGUUGUUGCAGCAAUGAAAAGCUCAGAUGUUAGGAAGGGUAUUUCUUCUCUAUUACCAGCUCCUAAAAUGAAAAGGCAAUCUUUAAUAGUCGAAGCUCGAUCAUUAAAUCCAAACAUACCUACAGUGAAAGAAGCAGGUCGGAUACUUGUACCUCACACUGUAGCUGCAAAAAAGGCUGCUGCUGAGAAAACAGCUGCAAUGAGGGCUAAAGCUGCUAAAAAAGCGUCCAAAGAAAAAUCAAAGCAAAGUGAUGACAGCAAUGAUGAGGAUGAAAGUCCGACAUCUUUCUUUUCAUUUGACUGUACUACAAGUAGUUUGGAUUCUCAAACUGAAGUUAGACACAAUGAGGUUGCUGGACCUGCUCUAGGGCCACAGCUACCCAGCACCGAGGAAGCUCAAUAUGCUUAUGAUCAAUAUCCACAUUAUGGACAAGUUAUGGAUGAUGCAGGUUCUAUGGGGUAUAGCAGUGCAGGUGAUCAAAAUUGGCAGUGCACUGCUACCGGUCUAGAUCAUGCUUCAGCAGAUACGUCAAACUCACAAACUAUGUUGCAAGAUGAAGCUUUUCAGCAACUUAACUGUGGAAAGAAACGAAAACGAAAAGGAGCAUGGGACAUUGCACAAAUUAUAGAUGUAAACGAGAAAGACACUAUAGCUGAAAUACACGAAUACCGAAAGAAAAUGGCGUCUCAAGAAGACUCCAACUACAUUCCUCCAGUCAAAACAAAUUUUAUACGAAUUCCAUCAAGUGAUGCAAGAAGGAAACAUCAGAUCACGUGGCUAGCACUCGAGGCAAGGGAACGUGAAAUGAAAUUACAGAACCAAUGGGCAGAGAGCAGACUCACCAAGAGACAAACUCAAGCUAAAUACGGUUGGUAGAAUAUACAAUAUUGUAUAGAGAGGCAAUUAUGCGGUAAUAUUAAACUUGGAAGAGACUAAAGGUGUUACACAGUCA